AUGGCUAAUAAUCUAGAAAUCGAUCACGGCAAUCACCAGCACGAUUCUGUCACGUCGGUCACUGAGUGUAUAUUGGGCCUCAGAAAGAAGGUUGACAGCAAUGAACUCCCAGGCUUCGCGGAACUGAUCGAUGACUGGUUUGACCCGAAUGUCGAGGUGGAUGAGGAGCAAUUCAUCCGCCGCUUCCUACACACCUUCAAACAGACUGACAAAGAUUUCACAUACGAGAAAAUCGUCGGCGACUACGACGACGAGGUACAGGAAAUCUUCAACGACUUUGUCGACGGCAAGAUCGACGCCAAGGAAGCCGGCCAGCGAUAUAGUCAAGCUACCACAGACAAAGGUCCAAGACUCAAAAGGGAUAUACGCAGAGGAGGUCUUGCCAGUGCUAUUCCUGGCGAGCCAAACAUCCUUACGGAACCCAUCAAUCUUCUGAGGGCAGCUCCAACCAGUAUCCCUUCUCGCAUUCGGGCACUUUUUGCAAAGCUGUUCCCAUCUCUGAAAGAUCCCAAACGUGCGCUUUAUGUUCCGACCUACAAGAACCUCGAGUUUCUCAACCAUGGGCGGACGAUAGAGAACACUCCAGCAUUGACAUGUGUGCCUAACACUUCCCAAGAUGUCUGCGAUAUCAUCAAGUUUGCAAAGAAGCAGAACAUGGGUGUUCGAGCCUCCGGAUUUCGUCAUUCGUGGUCCCCCGUCUUUGGUCGCUCCAACAAGAAGGGCGGCCAGAAUAAUGGCGAUAUUCUGAUCUCGACCCUGGGACUGAUCGACGCUUCGAUACUGCCGAAUCUCACAUCCCUACCGACUGACAUCUUCCAACCGCGUGCAAAGGAUCUGAAUUCGAUAGUUGUCGUCGACCAUACCUAUGUCAAAGGCGCUCGGCUCACCGGCGGGAAGAAGUAUGUUCGGGUCGGAACAUCGACGACCAACGAGCAGCUACGUAGAUGGUGCAUCGAGACCGGCAAAGUCACGAUGCCGAUGAACAUUGUUGAAGUUGAAAUCACAAUGGGCGGAAGUAAUGCCACGAUUUGUCAUGGCGGUGGAAUCCAAAAUCCUACCAUCUCUGACCUCGUUCGCUGUAUGGAAUAUGUCGACGCCAAUGGCAUGCUCCGCAAAAUUGACAUGUCUACGCCCGACAUUCUCAGAGCCGCUGCCGGCUGUUUUGGCCUCAUAGGCAUUGUCACGCAUCUGGUCCUCGAGCUUGACCCUUUGUCGUGCGCUCUCAUGGAACCCCGUAAAGUUCCCGUCAUCGAAGCGAUCCCCCCGCCGCCGAGCAUGCCAGACUCGGCGAUUCCUGCUCCUUUACGGCCGAAGCAUCCAUUGAGCGCAGAACGAAAAGCCGAGAUCCAGCGCGACUUUGAGACCCGCGCCACGACAACCGACUACGCCGAAUGGUUCUGGUUCCCUUAUUCGAGCGAGGCCUGGGUGAACACCUGGCACAAGACACUCGACACGUCGAAUGCGGUAAAAUAUCCGAGCGAUACGAAGACCAUCUUGCAAGUUUUCGGCACUUUUGCGGUGCAGAUUGCACAAGACGCCACGAUCCUCUUGAAAUUGACCGAGGCACACCCUGAGACGCAGACGAAAUUGCUCACCUGGGUGGCGAUGAAGAACUUGGACGACAUCGGUCCGAAUGGAAAGAUCAUCAAGACGUGGGUUCCCGAUGCACUACACUUCCAGAGGGGUGUCCAGAAUCUUAGGGUUAGAGACCUGGAAGUUGAAUUCCCGCUUCAACCGAAAGUGAAGUCAGAUGCGAACGGACCAGCGGGCGGAGCCGUCAAUGGGCACGUCAACGGCGAGGUCAAUGGUGCCGCCAAUGGCACAGUAUCGCCGGCACUAGCCGCAAAACCCAAGGAGAUUGACUUGACGCUAGUCCAACAGGCAUGGUGGGACGCCAUUCUCUCCUGCUACGCUGCCAUCAAAACCUGUCCUCAGCGCAUGCCUCUAGAGAUGCGCAUCAUGGCUGGAUCACAAGUGACCCUGGCACCACAACGAGGUCAUACGUUCGGCACCUGCGCGAUCGAGAUCCUCAGUCUACACAACGUCGCAGAUAUCUGGCCGGCCUACGCGCAGAAGGUGUUGAACAAGUGGACAAGCUAUAAAGACCACGAGGGCAAAUUGGUGCCUGUGCGAGCGCACUGGGCGAAAGAGUGGUACGGAUACACCGUAGGCGGGCGACGAUGGGAGGAGAUCUUCAAGGAAGAACAGAGUCAGAACGGGGGUUUCAAGGACGCGAUUGCCGAGUGGAGGGCCUCGGUGGGGGAGUUGGCGACGAAGCAUGGUUGGAAGACCGAGGACGCGAGGACGAGGUUUGGAAAUGAGGUUCUAGACUGGUUGUUCUGGCAGGACGGGACGGCCAAGCAGGCCGCCCCCAAUGGCGUGGUUGUUAACGCAGCGAAGGAGAAGAAGCCCGGACUGGGAAAGAGGGUCUUGAAGAGUUGUUUUGGCAAGUGA